AACGAAAAAAUGUACCAAAAAAAAAAAUUCUAUGAAAAAGAGUUCACCGAACAAAACAAAUAAAAAUUAUGUUACUUGAAAAUAAAAUGAAUAACAUACUUUCAUAACCAAAUCAAUUAAUUAAAAAUGGUCUCUAGUGAAGAAGAACCGGAAACAAAGCAGGACGACGCUUUAAAAUGGGACGUAGAUAUGGAGAUACAAUUAUUUUACGCUAUGGCCAACCAUAAACCAGUUGGUAUAAAUAAACACUUCCAAAUGGCCUGUAUAUGGGAGAAAUUAUCGAAUUCAGUUACCAAAGAGAUAUCAACCCAAGAUAUAUGGAAACACUUAGGCAGUUUAUAUGAUUUUACGAUGUUAGACGAAGCCGAACCUAUACCGUUUCCCAAUCACGAAAUUACGUUCUGUUUGCCCGAAAAUGAAUUUGGCGCCUUAAUGAAACAGAAAUCGAAGGAGGUUCUGGUUAGUGAAGAAACUGAAGAUAAAGAUGGACGAAGCCCUUCUCCUAAAUCAACUCCGAGAAGCAACUCUAAAGGGACUGCUUCUAAAGACAAUAUGUCUAAAGGUACUCGGAAGGAUAGCAUCAGCGCUCUUGCAACGAAAACACGUAAAGAAAGCGGCAGCUCACACGCGUCUACAGAUACGCCGAGUAUUAAAUCUGAAAAAGAAUAUGAUAGGCGAAGAGAUUCACGCGAUUCGAAUGCAUCCGGUCCAAGGGACGGUUCGUCCGGCAGAAAGUCUACCUCGCACAAGGAUAAAACGCCCAAAUCUAAAAUCAGCUCUAUUGCUGGUCAGUCGAAAGUCUGGGAUUCCCCUCAACUAGACGAAGAGACCGUUUCCAGACGAGGACGUCGCCGCGCUAACACAUCGACGCCGCCUUCAACGACGCCGGCCAAACGUCGCCGCACUUGACACAAGCUCACACAUACAUAUCAUCAUUUCUUCUGAUACACAACCCGGUCAAAAGGCAAUCAGAAAUAACCCGGUCAAAAGGCAAUCAGAAAUAACCCGGUCAAAGGAGACUUAACGCGGGUGCCGUAGUCUGCCUAUGUUAUUUUUAAAACCAACUACCGAGUAUAAAAACAAUUUAAACAAACCAACAUUACAUAAAUGGUGACGGAUACUCAUCAUUGCAAAUUUUUUUUUAAAUAAAAUUGUUAUCGGUUCCAUUCUGUUGUUGGAAAUGAUUUCUAACAUAGCUAUCCUCCUCCUCGCGUCGUUUUCCUCAUUACUGAGGGUCGAGACUCCCCCGCUGCAUCAGUUUCUCCCAUACGACUUCCCUCCAUCUGCCGCGAUCCUUUGCUUCUUGCGCGAUUUAAGUGUAAUAUGAUUUAUAUUUUUAAGCAAACAGUAAAAUCUAAUAUUAAAUUUUUUUUUAGUACCAAUAACAACGCAUCCUGUCAUCUGUGACUUAUUUAUUGGGUCAAUAUAUUAACUGGGUCAUUGGUGAGGGCUUAACAAAGGCAGACCGGUUGCAAAAAUCGGCAUGAAAUGCAUGAUGCAUUCGAUGGAUGUCUCGUCUCGUGUCUUAGCCACGAAUGACGUCAUACGUAACGAAAUUCUGUUCAACCGCGUUUUGAAGAAAAAAUAAAAAAUUAAAAAAAAAAUUAACUAUAGGCUACUAGAAUAUUCGAUAUGAUGUUUUUGAACUAGUAUUAGAUAUUGAUUAGUCUAAAACUAUUAUUAUAAGGACACAUGAAAUCUGAUAAAAUUAUAAUAAGAUAUAAAUAUAUUUUUGGAAUACUUACUACAUUAAAAUACUUAGCGCGUAAAACAGUUUCCUUUGAAAAUUUCAAUUCUAAUCACACCGUUGUAUCUUGUAACUUAAAUAUUAAAUCUAUGUCGUAUAUUUACAAUAGAAUUUGAUUCUUGGAUAGAAUAAAGAAAACCGUACGACAUAAAACUGAUUACGAAUAAAAUGUAAUAAUAA